AUGCUAAAGGUGGAUGUCCUAGGUGAGCGUUUGUAUUAGUGUUGCUGUGAUAGUCAAUGCCUUUCUGCUAGCUGCUUUCCCACUCAACCCUCCCGGACCGUUUUUGUCCCGCUAGUCCUUCUACUGUCCUAUUAGGACAUCGGUUUCAUUCCUAUCACACCUCACAGUCGACCUGUGCAUCCGAUGCUCUUGUCGUUUCUUAGUUAGCGCAUAACUCUUCGUGGCUUUUUAAUGUUGUUCUUGUCCUAAUCGUCCUUCAGUGUGCUGACUUUGCUCUUUUGAAGACGCCCGGUCCGUUCACCUGGCAGUCCCGGAGCCCAGGGAUGACCCUAAGGGUCAACGGCUCAAAACUAUCUUGGAGUUUAUUGAUACCGAACACAUCUAUUACCUCGAUCUGUUGGAGGUCAAGGAGGUUAGUUAUCGUCUUUUAGGUUUCUUUCUCUGUUGACAGUUCGGGGCUCUGUGAGGCCCUAAUGCCCUUUGCGAAACGCCUCCGUGUUUGAGUAAUAUUCUUCCCACUCCUAAGUCAAAUUUAAGUCUCUUUAGUUUGAUAGGUUCACCAUCACCCUGGUUGUGGCUAAUGUGUUGAGAUCACCGUAGUUAUUCAUUAGUUUACCGUUCUUGGAGUAACAGCAUAUGGGCGUCUGCACGUGUUUAUUCUUAUUGUUCAGCUUCACAUGUCAUAGUAGAAACCGUCUUUAGACACAUGACCACGGCCUAUUUUAAGCUUCUGUUUUUAAUUUUACUUGAAUGACGAUAAAGUACUCACAUUUGAAUUGUUUUUUUUUUCUAUCAAUUCGGCUUAUUUGCAUCUCAGAUCUUUUCGUCAAUAGAAGUAACCGGACAAACUGUAGGAUCCUGGUGGUUUUUCUGACUCCACUCUGUUGAAUCUCGUCGUUUAGAUUUUCUACGAUGAAUUGGAGCGGAGGAAUGUUGGUGCCACUGUGCUCUAUGAGAUUUUUGGUCGGUGGCCCUCGCUGGUUCUGUUGUCUCAGGCUUUCUACAAGUAUGUCUUUAGUAUGACAGUAAAACUGGAGGUUUAUAACAAUACUAUAUACUUUAUUUAUAAAGCUAUGAGACUGCAUAUACACUGAUAUAGAAUCUUCACCUAUGUCAGGGUCACAGUAGGCUUUCCUGUUCAUUCGCGGACUUCUGUGAAAUGACAGGUCGCCCUAAGUGUGAUGCAUAGUCUUCCAGUUCUCGGCUUAAUAAGCAUCUGAGAGCUUACAAAUGAUUUCCAUCAAGUUACACCCUUGGCACUUUAUCCUGUCGUAUGUUUUGAACAGUGUUAGGUCUUGUGACAAUGAGGUUUGGGCAGCCGCAAGAGGUCACCUAACUGGAUUGCUUUUGUGGAUAUUGAUUGUAAUCAGUUGUUGUUAGUCAUUCCUCCACUGCCAGGUUGCGCAUGGGGACCUGGGUCCAGCGAAAAACUGGCUUUGGCUCCAUCACUGUUGCCCUUCAGUCAGCCGGUCAAAGGAACGUCUAUCCGUAGCUUAAAGUCCUCGACUAUGGGGCACCUACUCUGACGAUUGUUGUUGUCACUUGCCAGGAAGUAAAUCCCUUCAGUGCGGUUACACAUCGGCGAGCUCGGCUAGAGCGCCCGCGACCAAAACUCCGCGGUAGUCCAGAAACUCUUAAACCGGAACACGCUAUUAUUGUCUGCGCGUGAUGUCUUUAGAAGGAUCUUUUGCCAUUUUGUUGAAUUCAUUUCGAGGGCACAAGCAAGUAUGCUGCGAUCACGAAGUACAAUUGCACCCAUUCCUCGUUGUCCGCGUGUUUUCAUCGACUCCUGGUAAUGACUAGUGUGACGUCCUUCUGCUCCUCUCAUUUUAUGCCGUUCACCACUUUUUCUCUCUCUCUCUCUCCUCUCAGAGAACUAAAUGAGCGAAGGCCGCAGAUCGUGAGUGGGGAGUCGGAAAUGAUUGGAGAUAUUAUGUUCAGUCAUGUGCGUUUUGUUACUUCUUUCGCCUCCAUCAUGUCAUAUCCCAUCGUCUUAAGCGCGUCAUUUUAAAAUACCCCCUCCAUAGCCAGUUUGUCUCUAUUGAAUCUGUCGAGCCAUUGUGCCGUUCCGCGACUGUCAUUCUCCCCCUUCCUUAUUCCAGUUGCCAAGAUGCUUCGUCUACCGGGACUUCUGCGCCGCUCAGGAUGCCCGUCUUCUUCGACUGACAGACCUCUGCGAGGAGAAACCUGAAUUGGCGCAGCUCAUUAAGGCGUGUGAACGGCGCACUCGAGCAGGCGUGCUACCGCUGGCAAGCUAUUUUAUCAAGCCGGUCCAGCGAAUUUCGAAGUAUAAGCUUUUAAUUGAGAAGGUAAAGCACUUCUUAAACAUGCUUUCCGAGUCUACUGAUUUACUAGGAGAACUCGGUCUUUAUCCUGUGCAACUGCUAACUUUUUUUAUAAACUUGCUUUUCUAGUCAAGGGGGACACCUGCGUCCAUGUUCUGCCAGUGUCUUUAAAAUCAAAUUUUACAGUCCCUUUUCAUCCAACGCUAAAGGAUGGCUUUAGUGAUUUAAUCCUAGAGUGCACCUUUUAUUAUGGCAACAACUUAGAACUAUCCCCGAAUGAAGUGACCCUCGGAAGACGUAGUCUGCCUUCUGGGUUAGCAUUAGGUUGUCCGAGGCGCCCAAAUCUGACGGACGGUGGAAAGACCUUCGUCAAAUGUCAGUUAUGAAAUGAGCAGGGUCUUGGAUUAUCACACAAUGCGACGGUACUGUGUGUAGACGUGUCUGGGCAUCAAACCGACCAGUCCACUUCUUAUAUAAGUCGCAAACUCCAUCGGCAUCCCCUCCCUCCGCCCCCCCCUCCCAUCGAAUUGGAAUUCAGGUGCUGCAGUGCAUAAUCCUUGAGCCUUUAAGUGGUGUGCCGUUUGGGGUUAGGGAGGGAGAGACGCCUACUUGGAGUUACGGAAUUCUUCCCUCCGCCAAGCCGCUACCAGGCAAUCACUGUCCGACAACUUACGGGUUUCUGAAUGAUGGGGGAGGGGUGGCGAUCCGUGCGCUCUAGUUGAACUUGCCGAGAGGUAAACGUGUGUAGAUGAACAAUUCCUCAGGAAAAAAACACCAACUGUGGUAAACUGGGGGGAUGCAAAUUCCCCUUAUCAUAUAAUAUCACAAGAAUUUGUCUUGUCAUGCACUUUUCUCUCUUUAUGCACUAAUUUUGCUUUUAUUUUUAUUUAGUCCAUUGUUUACUUGAAGCCUUUUUAAUCCUUUGCCCCAGAUUCUCAAAUACACAGCAAAGGACCACCCGGAUUUGAAGAAUUUGAAGCAAUCCUUCCAGUUAGCCUCUGUCGUACUCGAUGCUUGUAAUGAGGCUGUGCGAAAUCGGGAGAACGUGGAACAACUGUUACUCCUACAGGAGCGUGUCAUCUUCACCAGUGCAGUUCCGGAGAUUACCUUCUUUGACCAGAUUGCAUAUCUGGGAUCGCGUUCUCUGAUACUGUCCGGCAAACUGUUCAAGGUUGUCAUUUGACCGUUUCUGGACCCGCUUAAAUUUAUUGAUUUGUUUGAAUAUAUGAGAACUUUGUAUUUGGGCCUCAUGUGUUUUUGAAGCGGUGUCUGAAUUUUCCCGCUUGCUUAUCCAUUUUUAGGUAAAAUCUGGCAAGGAGCUAGUCGUCUUCCUCUUCAAUGACAUGCUUUUCUUGACUGUGCCGCAAAGCUCUUCCAGCAAAGACACCAUCGCUCUCCCUCUUCGGCCUUCUCCAAAAAUUAAAACCAAACUGAAAGUUUAUCGUGAACCCUUCUAUUACACUGAUGUGAGUCGCAGGUCUUCGCAUCCAAAAUUUAGUAUCACUGUUUAUGUGUUUUAGAUUUAUUGAUGCUUUAGUAGAUUUAAAUAAUUCACUCGACCAAACUGUGAAAAUUCGGCGGCCUCAGUGAGAUUCGAAACCUCGGCAGCAAGGACGAGGCUUGCGUACAGCCAACACUGGCCACCUGAGCUGUGAGACUGCCGGGAGCCGUGAGUUUAAUCCUUUUUGGGGAAAGUUACCCGUCCAACUUACUGCAACGCAUGAAACCCCCAAAUUUUGAUGAAGUAAACUGACUGUUCAAGCAAGGUUUCCUAAGAAAUCCAUUUAAAGUCCACCAGAUAACUACUGGGCAACACACACACACGCGACAGUUCGACGGUCGCUUCCGAUAAUGACCACCGCGUGCUCCACAGCAAGAUGAAGCAGGUACAGUGACGUGCACGUAAUUCAGUUUACAGCGAAUGUAGACUUUCGCAGCAUCUACCGCACUCUCUCCACCCCAAUCUGGACCCGAUGUCAGGACAGAGUGAAGAAGACCGGAGGCUGGUGAGGGCGCAGGUGGAUGGCACGGUCGAGCCUACACCUUGGCGCUCUACUCCACACCCCCUGGUUCACGCAUCAAAUGACAAAGAUUUUAACCAACAACAAUGGGGGGAUACUGGCUCAGAUCCCACCGAGUGGGAGUGUAGGUGCGGCUCGGAUCUCACACGGGUAAGAAUCCCUUUAGGGCCAUAUUAAGGAGCCACUGCAGGCUGACCCUUAGACCACCAGCCAGCCUCUCCACACAAGCACACAACACUGUGCCGACUGCGAGGUCCAAGUUAUAUCGUCAGUUGGCAACCUUCCAAGCCACGACUUUUAGCGGACCUUGGUAGUUUCAAGUGCGUCUGAUUAUUUAUAGCGAGGAAAAUGCGCUGAGCCGUCGACCUCACUCUCCCUUCUUAUUCCCAGUCCCCAGUUACUGUCCGAGCCAGUCACUUGACAGGUGCGGGGAAUGGGCGCGGUAGCUGGCAUGGUCUAGUGACCUUGUCUGCACGCGCCACGUGCACAACGUGGCCCCCCAAAACACAAGCACCGGGAUUUCGUACAACGAGAGUUGAGCAGUGUACAUCUCACAUGCUCGAGGGUGCCGUAGGUCACGUUAAGGAGUCGCUUUCGCCUGGCCCCCAGUCCGCCACACACACAUGCACACACAACUGGGCUGACUGCGUGGAUUGAGUUGGGUCCUCAGUCGGCAGCCUUCCAAGCCACAGCGCUUGACGCGCCGUGAUAGCCUCAGACUCGUAUCACACAUGCAACAAUGAAGCAGCAUGGAGGCGGAACCGAGACGCACCCUUCCCACUUGCGUGGGACGUUGCAAUUGGAUUGUUGUGAUGGUUGGUGAUGUUACGUGAUGUGGGUGGAGGAAGAUGUGAUGGUGUGGUUUAGCUGGCGGUUGUCUACCGCAUGUUUUCGUGAAUGUGCACGGGCUUAAUAGGCCCAUGCGAGGGGUGAAUGUGCGUUUGCGACGAGUGUAUGUGGGUGCUCCAAGCACUGGUUCGCCAGUCUCUGUGCGAUGGAUUCGCAAGUGACUGACCAGGCCGAUGUGUGAGGUAAAGGUGCGAUCGCACUGAGGACAGGUAUGGACUAUGUCCACAUCGCUGGUGGUGGCUGUGGCGAGGUGAUGUUUGUCGAUGUGUUAGGAUUGAGUGCAGUGGCGGUGGGUGCAGGAGCCGCUGCGGCGGAUGUUGAGGCGAUGGAGGAGGAGGAGGAUGGGAGUAGGAGUUCAGGAGUACAGUCAAUGUUGUCAGCGUUGGGACGAGGCAGAGAUGGAGGGGAGAGCACGAGGUUGUGUCAUCCGGAGCUGCAUUUGGCACGAAGGUGUCCGAUGAGACCUAUUUCUGCCCGGAACGUCCGCUGGCAUCGUGGGCAGGUCGGCGGCGGUUGAUUAUUGGCCUUUGCGAAGCGGGGGCAGUUGAAAUUUACGAGCUUCGGGUUUGGCUUUGUUGGCGAUGAUGCGUUGCCUGUCUUCACUGCUCUUCACCAGGGCGGGCGGUCCCGGGCGAGAUACACACACAUGUUCUGUCAAACACAAUUUAUUUCUGGUAACUAGAAGGACGCCCGCCCAAAGGGAGGUGUCCUGAUUGCGUUGCAUGCUUAUUACUAUUGGAAUUUGUCCUAAGUUAUCUAUGUAGAACCUGAACCGUAUUUUAGAAGUUCUGUCAUUAUUUUACGAGUUUUUUUCCCUUCUUUAUUUGUUGCCUGCAAGCCCGUCUGAUGUAUAAAUCGGGAAUUCUCUUAGAAGUUUAUUAUGAUUUCUGAGGGUUCGGUAUAUUCUUGGGCAUUCCUAAGUCGACAAUCUAAUGUUUUCCAUAUCUCCGGUUUUCUAAUUACUUACCACUGGUAUUCUGGAAGAAAUAAAGAUAAUUUAGCAUUCACUGAAGCCUUUAGCCUGACUUUCGAACGAGACGACUGUUUGUCUGAAAUUGUAAUACUCUUUCAAUAAACGUCAUAUCCAGUUCACUUAUUUCCUGACUUGCCAUGCUCCCAGUACAGUUGGCCCAUUCCCAACUUGAUUGCUCUGGGAAAAUUUACAAAGUUCUCGUUUUUAAUACUCGUUUUCUGAGAUGUCGUACCUUCUUUGAGCAUGGUGAUUGAUGGUUUGGAAUCCUCUGUUUGCGUCUGCUUCCAACUCUUGGGUUUUGUGGUGUGGUUGCCUUCAGUUUCCUCUCGAACAGCCAAUCGUGCCUCUCAAACGAGGUUGGUUCUGCUGGCUAAUCAUUGGUGAUAAUGGCAAAGGGGUGAAGGUUUGUCACUUAGCCCCCGCUGUUGUCGUUUGCAGGAGACAAUGACCGUUGUGAGGCCCGGCUAUGGUCUGCCCCGUUGGGCGUUUGAUGGACUGCUUGACCAACCAGCACUUCGCGCUAAUUAACAGCUUCUUCUUUUCGCUGUCAAAGUUUAUAUUCAGAUUUGUUUACCAGCCAAACAUUUUUGUUGUGCUCAAGAGGGGUAACAGGCUAAGCCCGUUUAUGAACCUCCUUUUAUUAGCUCUUAAGCAUUUGUUGCUGUCUCUUUGAUUCCUUUUUUCAUAUUUUUCCCCUUCAUCUAAUGACCCUCUCUGAGUUAUUCCUAGCGAUUCUCUUUGCUGACUUUGGUAGUUUCAUUUUUGUGCUUCGGGUUUGGCCUCUUUAAUGCACCUACCUGUCUUUUUAUUCUCUUUUCUUGCCCCAGAUGGUCAUCUCGGACUUCAUUGACAACCGGCGAUCGCGCAAGUCCUUUGCCGCGACUCUCCGCCGCCCUAGUGGUAAUUACGCCGCCAGUGUUAGCAAUCUUGCCAACUUGGACCUUGAGAACUCCAGCAACUCCCCUAGAAGUUCCGCCCAGCGGGCCAGGUCCACCAGUGUGACCUCCCUUGCUGAGCCUCUGCCUCUGAAUGAUCUCACUUUCCUCGUUGCCCGAUCCAACGACCCCUCCACUAGUGUGCAUUUACGGGCCGCUUCGAACAGCGAGACGUAAUUCUUCACCGUACACUACUUUUUAACUUCUUUGUGCUUUUAUGGCAUCCAACGCUGGCUGACAUUUGACACCUCCGUCUAUCUUUAGUCAUAGGCCGAUCUUCUAGCCGCUUAUAUUCGGCAUCUAAUUCUGCCCACCGUAAACGGCGUCACUUUUCAGGGGGUACUUACCGCAGGUAUCGUGUCCGCAGUUGUCUUGGGAGUAUUCAAUGCCACCUUCAAUUGAUGUUGGUUGAACGGAACUAAAUUUCUCUGGAAGGUCGGUCAGUCGCUGUGCACUCAUUCUAAGUUCAUCUUUACUUAAAAGAUUGUACAUUUACGGUCCUUACAGCCUGCGUUGCCACUAGCGCCAUCGACGGUUUUUCGCAUGUAGACGUGCAGUCGGAAAAUUCUGCAAAGGACGAUAUACACAUAUAUUCACUCAGGAAUGGGCGCACACCGAUCCAUUGGCUUCCCGAAGCAGACAAGCUUCGUAUGGGCCGAUAGGGGUCACGAACAGGCAACCACCUACCAGGCCGAAGUCGGCCGAGCUAUGAUAGCAGAGGGGAGACGACAGAGUCUGGGAGGUAGAUUGAUACAGUACUGUGUUAGACUUAUUGUGCCUUCAUUCAGCCAAUCAUAACCCUGACCACCAGCAGCUGGGACCAGAAACACAAACAUACGCACAGACGCACCUGGCGCAGUUGGUCCACCACUGUGGUCUAUCAGAUGGGUCAUAUGCACUUCAUCUAACCGAAGUUCAUCAGUUCCUCGCCACCUGUCAUUCUUUGUCGCUGCAGAUCGGGUAUUUUUUUACUCAGGAAUGGACGCACACCGAUCCAUUGGCUUCCCGAAGCUCGUUCGUGGUACUUUCCAUGGAAUUUCACUGUGGAUUACUAACUUGAAUUUGAGGGUGUGGGCCCAUCCCAACAACUUCAUGUCCCUUCAACUGCUCUCAGUGUCCGGUUAGUUGUAUCGUUUUCACUUAAUGCAGAUUCCACCCACGGAGAGUUAAUUACGUCCCUCACUGCGUUGUCUUCUGUGAAGAACGACUACUUCCGUUCAGCUACAACAUGCAGAAAUCUGAUGAAUGUAUUCCCCAACUUCUGUUCUCCGGGCAGGCGUCUGCAACUGACUAGUAUCAAGAGUAGGUAGUGCCUACUCACAGUCACUGGUCGGCCCUCUCUGUGGACUGCGUCCUCACAUAUCUUUAGCUUAUUUGGAGGGUGUCGUGGGUUAGUAAUGGUGGUCAGCUUCAAAUGAUCGAGUCACAGGCCUUGACAUGUUUUGUACAAGACCUGGAUAAAAUCUAGCUAGGUCAGGUAACAAUGCCACCUAUAGUGGCAGAACUACUGACAAGUUGUGGAAACUUGUCUAGAUUAAAAACUGGGCACCAUUAUCAGUUGUGAGUGUUUCUCCAGCAUUUCACCAAUUUACUGUUUUCUACCUUUUUCAUUGCGUUUAGAGAAAACUGGAUCUCGACGCUUCGGCAGGCCCAGGCGCAGUACCACUGUGCUGUGGAGGAGUAUAAAGUGAAGUCACUCGACGAAAUGAGUAAGUGUUAGUUUCUGCCUUGUUCUAGUUUUGUGGUCUUGAAAGAUGAAGCCGUUUUUUUCCUCUGCAUAAUGCGAAAUUUGAACGCCUUUCCGGCCUUCGUUCCUAGAUCCAUAUUUUUUCUGCUAGUAUAGCAGCAUAAAUUUGGUAUUUCUAUGGUUUGCCCCAUCAAAAAAACCAAUUGAUUUCCGAAUUAAGACAUUUCUCGUCUGCAAGGUCUGUCGGUUUCCUAUGCUGUAUUUUUGUCUUUUUAGCCAAAAGCUCCUCAUUUGUGGCGGCUCUGUCAGUUACGGUGAUUUCUGCUUCGGAUCUAAUGCCUUCGGGUGGCGAAAACAAAGGUACUUACAUCCCAUGCACGUUUGCGCAUGUCCUUACUAGAUAUGCAGCGGCACAUGAGACCCUUAUCGUAACUCGCACAUAGACCUUCCCACAUGAACGCGCUAUUUACUGUCCUCAGGGCUUAUUUGGUCUUCCGCCAUUGGAGUAUCCCCGGUCCCACUGGACCUUCUGAAACUUCAUGUGUUAGAUGUAAGAAUCACUAAAGCUGCGCUGCCUACUCUCCCUUGCUAAAUAACCAUCCUUUCGGUCCAUGACACUGACUGCGCCGAGCUGGUGACCAACUCAGGUUGUGUAGGUUAUCUACUGCGAUUUUGACCAUCUGAUGCCUUUGCUUCUUCGUCUGUCCUUAUCGAGUGUGUCCGACGUAUUUGCACCCUCUACAUCUACAUCAGCGAGCACUAGCAGAUCUCUCCACGCUGGGAGCACGGAAACGCCCCUUCAGCUUGUAGACGACCGCAACUUCAAGUCCCGCACGACGUCCUAGGCUGAUUUAGAAAGCUGUUGUGCAUUAUAUUACACGCACUUCAGGACAAAUUUUACCUUUUCUCACCAACCGGUUGGUUCGAUGUGCUUCCUACUCGCGCAGCUGAAAGCGCGCUUCGGCCAGGACUUUGUGACCAGCGUACACUUCCCUGUCGAUAAUCGUGCCGGCGGAGACCACUCCUCCGAGUUCGCUUUGUCUGAGUAAGACCUGAGGCCGACUUGUCUCGGGACUAAGUUUAGGACUAGGGCUGACUUCUUCAGACCACAGCGGCCAUUGCGAUUGCGCGUUAGCUUGCCAGUAGUCCCUAGGGCCGGGCUUCCAAGCUGAUGCCAGGCUUGGGCUCACCUAUCGGUUUAUUCCAAGGAGUCUGGCUGUUUCUGACCGUAGGUACUCCCCAAUCUUAAAACCACCAUGUUGUGGUCAUUUGUCUUAGAUUGCCUACAUAACAGUUGCCUCAUUCUUCAGGGAUUCCUUCACCCUUCUGCGUCGUGAGCGUCUGUUUACGGUCGCGGAAGACGAAUGUUGUCCUUCUUCGACGCUCUCCGACUUGGAAUAUCGGCUGGAAGUUUCCUGUCGGAGACGUCAAUCGUGACGUGGUUACUUUAACGGUCUACGGCCGCAGAGACCACCAGGCAGAUGGCAAGUUGCGCUCCCAUUCGCUUAUAUUUUUAUUCUCUUCCAUAGCAUUGGACCGAUUGCAAUUCCAGUCGUAACGAAAGUAUCAGAGGCCCAAGCCUGACUCAGCCCUUUUCCUUGUCUCAGUCAACGAAAUUGUAGCGUUUGUUCCACGAGCAAUCAGCUAACUCAACUCAGCCCUCGCUGUUUCUUGUUGGUAGUUUUUCACGCAGAACCAAGUGAGGCUGACGUCUCCGUAAUUCAUCCUAAUGCAGCAGAGAAAAAAAUAACUUCAUUCAGAACGAGUCCUUUUAGAUGGAUCACGCUCUAAUCCGUGUGCAUCGUAAACAAUCUUACGUUUUUACCUUUCACUCGACAAGAAAUUCAUCUAGACCUGCCUUGCUUUGGACGUGGCAUCGGUUGACAGCACCCUCCUUCGUUUAACUACCACCUUGUCAGGUUACAGGGGCUAGUGCGCGGGUGAACAUGCCGUCACUGACCUUUUCUGAUUUAGUUUGUGUGCAGGCAUGCCUCUCGGGGUUUGAGCUUGGGACACGCAGAACUUUUGUUUCGUCUGCCGCAGUUAGACGGAAAUAAUUCCUUGUCUGUUUUGAAGAAUUCCUCGGUCGCGCCGAAGUUCCAGUGUCGUCCAUAGCACAACACACAUCUGCCUGGCAGACAACUCUCCCUCUCUCUGGUGUCGCUUCGGGCCGCAUUACCGCCAGCUUUCUCUUGGAGUUCCCCACAGGCGGUGUCGUGGAUGAUGUUCUCUUGAUCACCCCAAAUGGCCAGUGA